AUGUCGUCAGAUGACCUCUACUCGGGCCUUUGGCGUCCAACAGAGCUCUUGUUGGGAAGUUGCCUGAGGUCUGUCGAACAGAAAACAACACUGGAGGAUGGUUUCUCUGGGACGAGGCCGCAGGCAGAAGGCCUCCCGGGCGUUAUAAGCGACACCCCUCAUUAUGGACUGCAACACAGCUGCUUGUCCAGGAAGGAUGGGGUCUUCUGCGAGGCUUUCAGAGAGAAGGCCCUUGGGAGGCGUUAUGAGCAGAUUUCAGGAAGUAGGAAAAUUCUGCAUUUCCAUGUGAUGACAGGAAAACAUUCCAGAAACUUUAAACUUCAGUUGUUGUCCGCUCCCCGCCAAGCCCCGACUCUGGUCAAUGAAGACUUGCUUCAGCCUGUGUCCUCAGUCCACGCGAUAACACAGCUCAGAACAUGCAAUGGCAAACAGCCUGGAAUCCGCGUCCUGGCCCGGCUCUGCUUCGGCCCCACAGGCGGUGGACAGCAAGGGUGGACCCACCAAACUGCCCGAGGCUUAAGAGAGGGGAGACCAGGGUGA